CCUUCCACUCCUGCUGGGGAGUAUCAAAAGUAUAAAUAUGCCUUUGGCACCAUUUGUCCUGUGGGAUUUUUGCAUCUGUCCAGUAUUCAAUCCAAUAUACCAUCCAGUAGCCAGACCUGGUGGUCUAGUGGUUAAGAUUCGACGCUCCCACCACCACAGCCCAAGUUUAUUUCCUGGUCAGGGAACCACACCACCUGUCUGUCAGUUGUCACGCUGUGGCAGCUGCAUGUUGCUGUGAUGUUGAAAGCUAUGCCACUGGUAUUUCAAAUGCCGGCAGGGUCACCCAUGGUGAACAGUUUUCAGCGGAGCUUCCAGACUAAGACAGACUUGGAAGAAGGACUUGGCCACCCACUUCCGAAAAAAUUGGCCAUGAAACUCCUGUGAAUAGCAGCAGAGCAUUGUCUGAUAUACCACCGGAAGGUGAGAGGAUGGCGCAAAAAGCCCGGGCAGGGUUCCACUCUGCUGUACACAGGGUCUCUAGGAGUCGGAACCAACUCAACAGCACUAACAACAUCAACCAGUAUCCAAGACUCCUUAACCAUUUUUAAAGCUCUUUCUAGUGGUUAGAGCGCUCCCUUAAACAAAAAGCUCCUUUAAUAAGACCUCAUAGCACUGAGCUUAGAGCACCAUCAGUGGCUUCUUACAGGACAUUAGCGACUUUCCCACUGGAAGAGGCAAGGAUGUUGCACCAGACUAGGACGUGUGCUGUGUCCAGAUUAGUCAGGCUGACCAAAUCCUAUACAUUCCAACUAUUUUCACUGAUUAAAAAUGCUAUCAAAUUUUAAAUUGGUUCAUAAAAGAAGUAUGAAUUGGUCACAGAAAAGGUGUUUAUAUAAGCAUACCGGCCCACUCAGAUACAAACCAUCUGACCUUGUGAGAAGGUUUCCAUUUGUGUCCUCUGUUGUGGCUAGGCUCCUGACUUUACACAGUUUUAGAGCUAAAAAUCCACUUCUGUCUGGAAAGUGAUUUUUGACGAGAAGGAUUGAGAGAACAGCCCAAGCUCUGUGGCCAGUGCCAGCCCCUUCAGAAACACAUGUCCCAUCCUGUGUGACAUGCUCCAGAGAAUCCAAGUGGUCGGAUGCUGCCAACGCAGUGAUGGCAGAGUAGACUCAAGGUUGUUGCAGUGGAAAGGGCUGCUCAGGAUUCGUGACUCAUCCCCUGCAGCCUGCCCUUGCUCUGUUGGCUCUUACCCCUCUCAACUCUUCCUUCUCAGCCUGCCUCAUCCUCUCUGCUUUGCCAAGAAACCACAGCUGCUUGGAAUCUAGCCAUUUUGAUGUUGCAGGUGAGCUGUAAACCAAAUCAAGCCAAACCAAACAAAUCCAACUACCAUCACAAGCAAGUUAUCCAAUUAUUGUUUUUUUGCAAUGAGGAGAGGGGCAGGAAGGGCCUUAUGUCUCACAAGGCAAAUAUUAAUCUGACUGAAGAGUUAGCUUGUGGAGGGAUAAUCACCAAACAAGUUGGUGCUCAUCAGAGCUGCACAGACUGGUCACUGAGGAUGUUCGGAGCUAAGAACAAACCCUACCAGGCACCCUUGGUAGAUCUAGCAAGCUCUAUGCCCUCGCCUUCUGCAUUCUGAAGCAAGCAUCCAAACUUUGCCUGGCUUACAGCAUGCCCAGGCUAAAGAACUCUUCUAUUCAUGGAGGGAACACUAGGAUGCUUUCCACGUGAACCCUGAAGUGAACCUGAUACAUUUCCUGUAGAAAGAGAAGGGAGCAAACAUGAAGGAAAAUGUGGCAUCCACAAUUGUUUUCAUUUUGCUACUUUUUCUCAACAUCAAUCUUCUGAAUGGACAGUUGCCUCCAGGAAAACCUGAGAUCAUUAAAUGUCGUUCUCCCGAAAAGGAAACAUUCACCUGCUGGUGGAAGCCCGGGGCCCAGGGAGGACUUCCUACCAAUUACACGCUGACUUACCACAAGGAAGGAGAGAUAGUCACCCAUGAAUGUCCGGACUACAAAACCGGUGGCCCCAACUCCUGUUACUUUAACAAGAAGCACACCUCCAUAUGGACAAUAUAUAUCAUCACAGUAAACGCUACGAACCAGAUGGGAAGCAGUUCCUCAGAUCCGCGUUAUGUGGACGUGACAUACAUAGUUGAACCAGACCCUCCUGUGAACCUGACUUUGGAAUUAAAACAGCCAGAAGACAGAAAACCCUAUCUGUGGAUGAAAUGGCUUCCACCCACUCUGGUUGAUGUAAGAUCCGGUUGGCUCACACUCCAGUAUGAAAUUCGAUUAAAACCCGAGAAAUCAGCUGAGUGGGAGAUUCAUUUCGCUGGGCAGCAGACUCAGUUUAAGAUUCUCAGCUUAUAUCCAGGACAGAAAUACCUUGUCCAGGUUCGCUGCAAGCCAGAUCAUGGAUUCUGGAGUGAGUGGAGCCCAGAGAGCUCCAUCCAGAUAGCUAAUGAUUUCACCAUGAAAGAUACCACCGUGUGGAUCUUUGUGGCCGUUCUUUCUGCUGUCUUCUGUCUGAUUAUGGUCUGGGCAGUGGCUUUGAAGGGCUAUAGCAUGGUGUCCUGCAUCCUUCCACCAGUUCCUGGGCCAAAAAUAAAAGGAUUUGAUACUCAUCUGCUAGAGAAGGGCAAGUCUGAAGAACUACUGAGUGCCCUGGGGUGCCAAGACUUCCCUCCCACCUCUGACUGUGAGGACUUGCUGGUGGAGUUUUUAGAAGUGGAUGACAGCGAGGACCAGCAGCUGAUGCCAGACCAUUCAAAAGAACACCCGGGUCAAGGUCUGAAGCCCACACACCUGGAUCCUGACAGUGACUCCGGCCGAGGCAGCUGCGACAGCCCUUCCCUUUUGUCAGAAAAGUGUGACGAACCCCAGGCAAAGCCCUCCACAUUCCACACCCCUGAGGGCAUUGAGAAGCCAAAGAAUCCCGAAACAAAUGUUACCCGCACCUGGGACCCCACAAGCUUGGAGGGCAAAAUCCCCUAUUUCCACGUUGAUGGAUCCAAAUCUUCAACAUGGCCUUUGCCGCAGCCCCCCAGCCAACACAACCCCAGAUCUUCUUACCACAACAUCGCUGAUGUAGGUAAGCUGGCCAUGGGCACAGCAGGUGCAUCAGCCACUUUGUUGGACAAAACAGACAAACAUGCUUUAAAAUCCUCAAAAACCAUUGAGACUGGAGGGGAGGGAAAGGCAGCCGAGCAGAGAGAGGUGGAAAGCUUUCCUUCCAAGACUGACCAAGACACAGCAUGGCUGCUGCCCCAGGAGAAAACUCCCUUUAUCUCUGCUAAACCCUUGGAUUAUGUGGAGAUUCACAAGGUCAACAAAGAUGGAGCACUAUCAUUUCUCCUGAAACAGAAAGAGAACAGCGACCAGACAGAGAAACCCAGCGCUCCUGAACACAGUAAGGAGUACGCUAAGGUGUCCCGGGUGAUGGAUAACCACAUCCUCGUGUUAACGCAGGAUCCGAGAGCUCAAAACCUGGCUUUGUUUGAAGAACCAGCCAAGGAGGCUCCGCCGCCCCUUCUGCAGAAAGACCUGGCCUCCUUCACUGCGACACCAAGCAACUGCAGACUCCAGCCGGGCGGGUCGGAUUACCUGGAUCCUGCAGGUUUUAUGCGCUCCUUUCAAUGACAGAUUGAUUAAUGGAAGGAUUGGUUAAAAUGUGAUUUUUCUUCAGGUAACACUACAGAAUACAUGAAAUGCAAUCUACUAGAGAAUGCUCGAGAAUGUGGUUAGAAUGACACUACUAAAACUCACAGUUCACUCCUCUUCAUGCUCCAUUUUCAACCAGCUGCCUCUUUCUCCAACAGCUAAUUCCAGAACAAAUUGUUUUGUUUCCUCACUGUGAUUUGUAGAUUUACUUUUUGCUAUUAGUUAUAAAAUGAUAUGUUCAAUGAAAUAAAAGCACACUGCUUAGUAUUCUUGAUGGACAGUGCCAAUAGGUAUAUCCUCUGGAAAAGGCUUUCAUGGUUUAGUACAUGACAGAAAGAAAUGAAAUAGUCAAAAUUGUUUACCACAGGAAGAUGAUAGAUAUAAGAAAAGCGCCAUGAAAACCAAUUUCUUAACCUUUGUAUUCCUCUGCAUUUUAUUAGAAUGAACCAACUAAAACACAUUUAAAGAAAGAAUGCAUUCUAGAACACCCAAAAAAUUGUUUACAUCGGUUCCUAAUACCUUAGUGAUGCAUUGAUGAUAUGCAAGUAAAAAUGAUGCCUCCAAUUUUUCUGAAAAUACUUUGAACUUGUUAAGCAUGGAUUUUCUCCCCUAAAUUGUAUUUCAUUCCAAAGCCUCUAGAGAAUAUAGUUUUGGAAAGUAAAAUUUUCUUACAUGAGAGGCAAAUAAGAUUCAUGUGGAGAAUCCUUCCAAAAUGUUUUCCUGAUUUAUUUCAGCACGAUAGAUAAUUUAUUAUACACCCUAGUCUUCUCUUAGUGGGAAAAAAAGAUCCCAAAAGACUAACUUUAAUUUAAAAGAUAAUCACAGCAGGAUGCUAAUGGAAAUACUGCCUUACUGUACAUACAAAUUCUACUUUAAUAUAAACCCGUAAGUUUAACAAUGUAUUUUUGAAGACUAUUUUUCUAUCACUUAGGUAAAAUAAAAGACUAUUUUCUAUCUUCCCA